AGCAACCAGCAUUUUGAAAUAAACAAACAAUGACAUUCGGCGAAUGAAUUUCAAACUUAUCGGCUCUUGAUAAAAAUUUUCAUUAUUUUUUUAACAAAAUGAAUUCUAGAAAUUUUCCUAUUGAAUCCAAUGGUAUAUCGAAUAUUGAUUAUAAACGGCCCAUUCCACCUCAUCACGAUAUGCGAACUGCAUAUGAUUUCGGACAUAGGUUGAUCUACGAUAACGAUGUUUGCAAUGCAGGUUGUAAAGUGGGUGACACGAGCAUGGUGCUAAAAAGGAAGCCGUUGUAUAUGGAAACGCAAUCGGAAACGAGGGACUCUUUCAAGCAAAAGUACCCGGAGCAAGUUCCUAGAAUGACUUCCACGAGUAUAAAUAAGAUGAAGUAUAUUAAAGGAUUCGACGAGUCCCGAUUGAAAUUCGUCCCGAGGCCAAUUAAUGAACACUUAACCACUUACAAUAGCAACUUCACGGAAAAAGGCAGAGCACCAGAAGCAACUGCCGUGCUAAAAGACCUGGUGAUGCAAUCACAAUUGAAAAAGGCAACAUACAAUGCGGCACCUGAUAAGCCAAAUUAUUCGAAAUAUUUAGAUGUCAUGGCAUCUUCUUAUACACUGGAUCAUUAUCCUUUCUCCAAAGAACAAUUGAAUACAUUGGCUUCCAAGGAUGCUAUUACAUUUUGGUCGUGGAACGGCAACGUUCAACCAAACGUUAUAAAGGAAAUCCAUCCGGCCUAUAUAUCGACGUUUGCUAAAAGUAAAAUUAUCGUUCCGCCGCGAACUGCUAUUAAAAGUAGAACAAUUCCAUCACUUACAAAAAGUGUUCCGAAUAAAGGUCUUACAACCGAAUAUAUGAGCAAUUAUCGUCCUGUGGACGAUACGCUUAAAUUGGAGGUGGAUUUAGGGAACCACGUAAAUAUCAUCGAACAAAUUCGAUUUACCCAGCCAAAAACUGAGUACAAUAUUUAUGGAUCUGGCGAUAAAACACAACGUUAUGUAUAGUUUUAAUUGUUUCAAGUGGAUUAAAUUUUCUUAUUAUAUUUAAA